CUGGCCCGGGGCUUGGAAUGCUGGGAUCCGUCAAAAUGGAAUCGCACGACCUCUCCGAGUGGAACGCCUAUUACAGCGAGCCCACAGAGGUCUAUCCGUCCGUGAGCACCAUGACCUCCACCCUGGGGCCGAUGAACACCAUCAACUCCUACAUGACGCUCAACUCGCUCAGUUCCCCCAGCUCCAUCAACAUGAGCUACCCCAGCGGAGGCCUCAACAGCCCUUCCCUCCCCGGGCUGAGCAGCCCCACCAGCUCCAUGGGCCUGCCCACCGUGACGUCACCUGUCAGCCCGGUGCUGACGCCGCUGGGGGCUCAGGCGCCCACCCUCAGCUCCCUGGCGCCCUACCCAAACAUGAGCCAGCCCUUGGCCCCCCUGGGGUACCCCGCCUCAGGCAUCAGCCGGCCCAAGGAGGUCAACAAAUCGUACCGGCGCACGCUGACCCACGCCAAGCCCCCCUACUCCUACAUCUCCCUCAUCACCAUGGCCAUCCAGCAGGCCCCCAGCAAGAUGCUGACCCUCAACGAGAUCUACCAGUGGAUCAUGGACCUCUUCCCGUAUUACCGGGAGAACCAGCAACGUUGGCAGAACAGCAUCCGCCACUCGCUCUCCUUCAACGACUGCUUCGUCAAGGUGGCUCGCUCCCCGGACAAGCCGGGCAAGGGCUCCUACUGGGCCCUGCACCCCAACUCCGGCAACAUGUUCGAGAACGGCUGCUACCUGCGGCGCCAGAAGCGCUUCAAGCUGGAAGACAAGGCCAAGAAGCCCAACGUCAAGACAUCCGGCGCCCAGGAGCCAGCUCCCAAACACCCUGAGCGGCUCCAGGAAGGCCAGAGCCCCAACCCAGCUUCGGAAGGGGCCGAGUCGGGCCACUCCGACGCCUCCCACGGCUCUGAGGAGCACAGGGGCCUUGUCCAGUUGGACUGCUCUGGCGUGCAAGGCUCCUCCCCGGCCCCCAAGGCCUCCCCCCUCGCCCAGCCCAUGAAUAGCCACUACUUCCCCCCCUCCAUCGCCAGCCUGGACCUCCCGAACGACCUCAAAAUGGACCCUCAGUACAAUUUCAAUCACCCCUUCUCCAUCACCAACCUGAUGUCCUCGGAGCAGAGCCACAAGAUUGACCUGAAGGCCUACGAGCAGGCCGUGGCCUACAGCGGCUAAAGCUCCCCCCCCCCCGCC